GGGCGGCCCCCUCGGGAACUCGGGGGGCAGCGGCUGUGGUCAUCCCUGCUCUAGCUGAGGCGCUUCUCUCCCCGCAGGUUGGCCAUGGCGGACUCCACGCAGAAUGGGCCCAUGCCAGGCGGGGCCGGCGGCGGAGCCGUGCAAUUUCUGAUGGCUAACAAGUUGGAUACAGCAAUGUGGAUUUCCCGCUUGUUCACAGUUUACUGCUCAGCUCUAUUUGUCCUGCCUCUUCUAGGGUUGCAUGAAGCAGCAAGCUUUUAUCAGCGUGCCUUGCUGGCAAAUGCUCUUACUAGUGCCCUCCGACUACACCAAAGGCUACCGCACUUUCAGCUUAGCAGGGCGUUUCUGGCCCAGGCUUUGCUGGAGGACAGCUGCCACUACCUGUUGUACUCUCUUAUCUUUGUGAAUUCCUACCCUGUUACAAUGAGUAUUUUUCCAGUUCUGCUAUUCUCUUUGCUUCAUGCUGCCACAUAUACAAAGAAGGUUCUUGAUGCACGAAGUUCAAAUAGCCUGCCCUUUCUGAGAAAUCUGUUAGAGAAACUGAAUGCCAAUCAACAGAAUAUUCUAAAAUUCAUUGCUUGCAAUGAAAUUUUCCUGAUGCCAGCUACAGUUUUCAUGCUCUUCAGUGGGCAAGGGAGCCUGCUCCAGCCAUUCAUUUACUAUAGAUUUCUUACAUUACGCUACUCCUCUCGGCGAAAUCCAUACUGUCGGACUCUCUUCACUGAGCUGAGGAUUGUUGUUGAACAUUUAAUAAUGAAGCCCUCAUGCCCUGUUUUUGUAAGAAGACUAUGCCUCAGCAGCAUUUCCUUUAUAAGCAGAUUGGCACCAACUGUUGCAUAGCCAGAUUUCAGGCACUUGUGUUUUGUGAACAUUAUGAGCAGCUGGCACUUCUGCUGCUGCUGAUAAAUUCCUGGUUUUACACUGAUCUCACUCCAGGCUGUGUAAAAAUGUGUAUAUGCUUUUCUUGGAGAUAAUACAAAAUUUAGCAUAUCAAAAGCAAGUCAUGGAAACUUAAAAUUACUGUGCUGUAUCGAUAAUUGGUGAAAAAAAAAAAAUAGCUGCAUCCUAUCCAAAACAUGCCCAGUCAUAUGGAAUUAUUUUUCUAUGAACCAAGGAUUGUUUGAGGUUGAUUAAAACUUUGUCUGUGCUCAGCUGGCUUACGCUAGUUGGAACUAUAGCUACUGUACGAUGUUUCCAGUGGAUAGUAGUUGGUACACAUACCUAUGCAGUACACUUUGGACAGUAUUCUUCUGCUUACUAAAUGUAUCUGUAGAACCAUUUUGUCUAAAUUACUCAAUGUAAAAAUACAGCCCUCUGAAUUUAACAAAAGGGACUAAAAUCUAUCAAGCUGACAUAGUUAACACCUUUUCUGAAGGAGAGGCUAUUUUUAUUAAUACUGCUUAAAAAGAUCUAUUCCGAGUUUCUACCUUGGGACACAGUCUUACAUUACAUUGUUGGAAGAAAUAUCAAGACUCUGAUCACGGAAAACUCUGUGCAGUUAUCUUGUCAUAACAAGAUGUUUUACCAAGCCAAAUUGCUGACUUGUAGGUUUUUCAGACUAAGAUGCACUGCUUAAACUUUCAACCAUCCCUUAAGUGAACUAAUCAAUGUAAACAAAGUAACUUUUGCAGAAUCAUUGCAGGUUGGUUCUUGUGUCUACACAAAUGUGAGACUGCAGUAAUUCAAGCAUGUCAGCUUUAUAGAAAAUUAAUCUGUAGUUAGCUCUGUAUAAAUUGUUCUUCCAGUUUCUGAGACUUUUUGUGAUGGGAAAUUUGCAUAAAGGAUUACACCUGUUUAGACAGCUUCUGAAACAAAUGGGUGUAGAAUUUUUGGCAUAAAUUCAUCUGAUUGAUCUGAAGUCAGUGUCGUGACUACAGAAGUGAAUAUUAAAUAGAGUGAUUAUGCAUUCACCCAGCAGCUGAAGGGUAGGUCGUGGAAAAAAAUACUGUCUGUCUGAACACAACUUUUUUCCAUAAAUUCAAGGCAAAGUGUUUGCCUGAUCUUCUGUAGUUAGUAUUCUAAUUGCAUAAAAUUAAAUGGGUUUCAUUGGCUUUUUGUAAACUUGUGUAGCACUGUACUUAACUACUCCCUGGCCAGAGAAAUCUUACAUGAAACACUUCUGAAAGCAGUCUUGAAGCAAAGUAUUUUCCUGUAACUAUUGAGUUAUCCUGUCUGUGAUGUGAAUAUCAUUCAGACUUCCCAGUUGUAUUAGUUUGUUAGAUCAGAACCAUGUGUUUAUAAACUUAUUUCAUUUUUUGCUCAACCUCUUGGUAUUUAUGAACCAAUAGGUGAUUGAAUAUUCUUUGACUACUUGUCUUGCUCUCUGAACAUGAUUAGCUAUUCAUAGAAUAUUUGCACACUGCAGAAGCAACUGCAUGCAGUAAUGCUCUACAGCUGCUAAAGACUUGCAACAAGAUUCACUAUAUGUAUAUCCUGUAAUUUGAGGAUUUUAUAAAAACUAAAAUUUCUACUGCAAUAAAAGGAGUGUUAAAUGUAAUUUGCUAGGCUCUUCAAGCUUAUUUUCUCUAACAAUGUACUGAUGCUUGAACCUGGAAGUUGAGCAGAAUGCUGUCUUUGUGUGUAUGUGUGCAUGUUCUUCUGUUCCCCACUGCUGCUUCUUAAUGGGGACAUAAUGUCUUGUGCAUUUCUGAACUAUUGCCUUCUAAAGUGCAAUAAUUUAUGACCCUUUCCUUCAAUACUUUACCCGAGAAUAAGCACUGCAAUAAUGGUAUCUAAGCAGAGCAGAAAUCUAGACCUACUUACUACCAUUUAAGUUCUUCAGCACUAUACUAGAUCCUCUUUCAUGUUACAUGGUAUACUUUUUGAGUGGUGACAUCAGACUGUUCAGCUUUUUGCACCACUGAUUUAAAAACUAAUUUGGUCAUCUAAGUUGGUUCUCCAUACUGGGAGUGGAAGACAAAUGAAUACUUCUGUAAUUACUGUAAGCAAAAUGCUGUGUUACUUCUGAGAAAAUUUUUGUGCUCCAAGACUGCUGUUAUGUGGGCAGUCUAGUGUUCCUUUAAUUUUAUGCUGUUAUUAAAUUAGAGAGGAGCUUAAAUUGGAUCUGAUUGCAACUGUAACUGUAGGAUGCAAGUCUUGAGAUUUGACUCUGAGUGGAUGAGGAAGAUUAAAAGGAAUAAGAGAGUGAAAUUUCAGUAGGAGAGUUGGAAGACAGUGUCAUGAAGUAGAGCUUAUAUGUGAAUGCUGAAUUUCUUGUUAACUCUUCCUAUUAAGUCUUAAAAAUGGAUCAAGUGGAGGAAGAUGUUUCAGAAAUGGGAUUUGAUUUGAUUUGGCUAGUAGUGUAUUCUUGGCUUUGCAAGGAGUUGCUUAACAAAUGAGACCUGGAUUUUGCUUAUGGCCUGGUAAAACUUCUCUGACGUGCCAAGAAAAUGUGGAACAAUGAGGUAAGAAUAACUUCCAAGUAGAAUAAAUAGGGCAGCUGACCUGCAGUGUGCAUCAACUUCAAUUUUUACUGCAGCCUUUAGGCUGCCUAAGUGAUAAUACUGAGUUUCCUCAGUGCUGGCAAAAAUAUUCUGUGCUUUCUUACCACACUUUGUGAUGGUUUCUGUACUAACAAUUAAAUUAAAUAUGUGAAAUGCUGGUUGUGUCCUAAUAAUUUGAGAUUUUGCUGGUGAAAAGACCUGUGUGUUUGUGCUGCUGUGUUUUCAACAGCUAGGUGUGAUGCAGAGACUGUAACAGAAGUCUGUGUUAAGAGAAAUUUUUGCAACUGUUUAAAAUGCCUGUCAAUCCCAAAUGUGAAGCAGAAAAGUUUUUGUCCUACUGUUUACCUGAUGUGGUCAUUGUUUCCACUGGUAUAAAUCAUGCUGGUUAUUGUUUUUAUUAUUUUAGCUUUCAUAAGUUGAUGUGCUGUUGCAUAGAUUCUGUGGGUAGACCUGCCCCUUGCUGUGCACAAGUUUGCUGUAGAAGUGGUCCAGCAUAAGACUUGACUGUUCUCACCUGUAGAUGAAUAAAGCAUUAGGACCUACUGGGUCUGUUGGAGAAGCUGAUGCCAGUUGGGAUUUCUUACACACAAAGUAAUUUUCUAAUGCAUGUCCUUUCCUUUAUUGUCUUGAAUGUUAUACUUUCAUUGUCACUUUUGUGCUGUCAAUUUUAUGUUUUGCGCUCUUCUUGAUGGAUGUUCAAGGGGAGCAAUAUCCAUUAAUAUUUUGUUACGGAUUAUAAUCAUGAGCCACUAUUUGUUCCAACAGUUUUUUUUAGUUGCUAACUAUAUAUUUGAUAGUACUGUCUAGCAAAUAAUGUAGCUGGUUAUUUUGUACUGUCUGUGUUGAACCUUUUUAUUGUUCGGCACCCGUAUUGCAACAUUUGCUGUACAGAUCCCUUGUUAAUUGAGGAAGCGCAGUUCUUGUCCUUUUUGCAGAUAGGAACUGAGGCAUGGAAGGAAAGACCACUUGUCUGAGGCGAUGCAAGAGCUCUGGCAGAGCAGGAAAUAGAAAAAAAGAGUUGGACAAACAUCAGGGGGAACUGACUUGUUUUAUACCAGCUAUGACUACUUGGUCCUCUUUCCAAAAAGAUACUGCUGCUUAAACAGUUUCAUAAAGUACUGUACCUUACAGUGCUCAGAUUAAGGGUAGCAAAGACUAUUGAGCUAGAACAGCAUGUUCUUUUAAAACAGUGUCAAAAUCAAUUCCCAUGUGCAAGAGCUAGGUAUGGCCCCUGGUAUCAUCAUCUUUUUGGUGAGAAAAAAUAAUACAACAGAAAAAGAUUGCAAGCACUUACAUGCUAGAUUUAGUAGAGUAUGCUGAUCUCUUGAAACUAAUUUAAAAUUGCUUCAGUGCAAGUAUUUGGUUACACUAAUUUUGGUAUAUAUAGUUUAUCUUUGUACUGUAACUUUUCUAGUGCUAUAAUUUUCUUAAAAUCACAGGAAUAGUCAGGGCCUUGCUGUUUUAAAUGUCCUUUUAAGGACAGAACCUUAAGCAAUCCUUUAUUUCAAAGGUUCAUUAUCAGUAUGGAUGGUGUAAUUGAAUUUAAUCUUAAAUGUGGAUUCAAAAAUCUUUUUCAUAAAAUGUCAGCUUUACUUAUUAACUCUUCUGCAGAAGCCAGCUCUGUGAUAAUAGCAGAUACUGUGCAGGUAAGAAAGUUUCAUUGCUUAGUUCUGUGCCAUCCAGAUGGUACAAACUUCUAAAAUGAAUUGAAAAAUUCAUCUUUUACUUGUAUUCAAGGACUGAGGCAUAAAAUGCUAAUGUAAGGGCUCAGAGGGGAAAUAUAGUUCUCCUGCAUAUUUGAGAAAAUGUGAAGUCCUUUCAAGAAAAUCUAAUAAACAGUAAUCGCAGGCUGCUGACACUAAGGAAAAAGCACCUCAUUCGCUCUUUCUUUUAUGCAGCGAUUUACUGGUCCCUACUGAUUUUCAAAUUGGAUCACUGCAGUAAAUUAUCCAUGCCAGUACCUGUGAAAGAAAGCACAGGGAUCCAUAUUUGUUUAGUGGUGUGCUUAAAUCAGCAAGAAUGAUAAAUUUGAUGGUAUAAAAUUGGAAAUACCAAGGGCUUUUCUCAGUGAAUGAGCAAGUAUCUCCAUUUGUAAUUUAUUGUGACCCUUUUUCACUGUAUGUGCUUUGUAUGUCAAAUAUUUAUUUCAAAACAAAUUAAAUUGUGUUCUGUAUUGAUACAGCUAUGGUUUUGUUGAUGUUCUUCAAAUCAAAUUGUAUUUUUUUUUUUUAUUUAAAAUAUUACCAAUGUUGUGUUGCAAAAUAGCAUUUGUUUUUAAGUUCAAAUAUCUGAGUUUGAGUUACUGACUAACAGCUUUCCAUUUAAAUGUUCUAGGUGUGUGUUGUGGGGGGUUUUUUUUGGCUUAUUUGCAUGUUUAGUUGCAGGAUGCAGUAAGCUACUGUGGCUUCAUUUGCUUUUUCUAGAGCGAAAGGAAGAUUAAGCUGUAUAUCAAAACCAAAAAAAAGCUGAUCCCUUUCUUUAAGUCAUUGGAGCUAUUUUGCUUUAUACCUGGCAUAGGCAACACCAAAUCCAGUGAAAAAAAAUUACCUAUGUUGCUUGGUUUACUGCCAUAUUUUCAGUGCAGAAGUUAAUAGAGAAAGCUGACUAUACACAUGUGUCUUGGGAAGAAUCCUCUCCCUGUGAUUGGAGGGAUUACAUAGGUCCAUAGGUUGCUUUGUGAGUAUGUGCCUUCACAAAGGUAGAAAUUAAUAAAAGGAAGAAGAAUGGGGUGAAAAAACAAGAACGUGGAAGAGGUGCUCUGUUGCUUUCAUAAACUGCAAUUCACUAUUCAUGGUUUUAUACCAUCAGUAUCCUCUGGAUAGUACUUAAGUUUUCUAGCUGUAAAUUAUUUCUAAUUUAGUCUUUAUUGAAAUACUACUGAAUAGCAUGUUCAGAUGCUGCCAUAUUGUACAAGAGAUGACAGGCUGAUCUUGGUUUACUUAAAAUGGAAAAUAGCUGCAGUGGAAUUAUGGGUUCUUGGCAGUUAUGUUUGAAGCUCCUGUGGUGGAAAAGUAGAGACAUAAACACUUGCUAUGGUUUGUAUUGUUACUGGGCUUCUUGGCUCUUUUUGGUUUUUUUUAAACUUUUCUUUCCGUGUUGCUUUGCUACAUUUUUAUAUUGGCAAUCUAGGGGAAGAUACCAUAUGUGCAACUGCAUGGGUUUUGUUCUGAUAUAUGUUUGUUUCUGUGUGCAAAGACACAUAUAGAAUAUUAUAUUUGUAGUUUAGCAUCUUAACACCCUUGGAUUUAAGGUUUUUUUAAUCUAGAAAACCUGAGAAAACUGUUUUCAGAUGGCAGAUGUUUGCCCAUUACAAUUCCUUUCAAUAUACUUUCUGCUAUAGCAACUUCAGUUAGGUUCUGACUAAAGCACAACAAAAAUCUUUGUGAAUCCUUUUGGUGAAAAAAGUUUAAAUUGGAACCACUAUUAGCAAAGUUUUUUGUAAUGGCAGAUGGGAAUCUGAAGUUGACUUUCUUAAUUCUCGUUUGCAUUUUUAACAGUUGUGUAACUGUAUAAUACAAAGCAAUAUUGAAACCUUAAAAACUACACUUAUAGCAUCAAGCAUUAGUUCAGUAUGUGUUUGAGCAUUCAGUUCUAUUCACAUUUUUAAUUUUCAAAUGUUUUAACAUCACUCUGGGGCAAAGGUAGCAAGAUGCUUACUUGCAUCAGUGUGUAUGUGCUGUGGAUUGAUGGUGGGUAUGUAUACUAACAGCAGCAGAUAAAUGACUAAAGCACAAUAUUUUGAGGUCUUUUGCCAUUUGGAUAUGUUAAUCCUUUGCUUGUUAUGAUUAAAAAGCCUCUUCCUGCCCUCUGUCAGCCUUCUCUCUUUGUGGUGUUACACAUCUGUAAGGGAAGAAGAUUUUU